CUCAACCGCUUUCCCUACAGACAUUUAUAUUGCAUAUUUACAGAGGUGGAUAGAGAAGGAAGGGUAAGCGGCGUAUGAGCCCAUGAUCAUGAAGGCUGAAAUGACCAGGCUCUCAAGAGACCCAACAGCCAUCCUCUCUAAUGUGCAUGCUGUUUCCCGUGGAGUAUCGCUGUGUCAGAUGAGCCAGGCCCAGGCUGCCAGGCUUUCUCGAUUCUGUCACGGUCCGGGCUUGCCGUGCACUUCAAUAUAAAGGCCCAAAUCCCUGUCGUGGACCGCCCCUUUCCCAUCGUUCGCCCAACAUGACAUCCAACCCAUCAUUUGUACUUCAAGGCAUUGAAAAGGUCACCUACGAGGAGCGGCCUAUCCCAGAGAUAAAGGACGACGAGGUGCUCGUCGAAGUCAAGAAGACUGGCAUAUGCGGAUCUGAUGUCCACUACCUGGUUCAUGGGCGCAUUGGUGAUUUUGUUGUCGACGGCCCCAUGGUCCUUGGACACGAAUCCUCGGGAAUCAUCAACAAAGUUGGCAAGAAGGUGACGAGGGUCAAGAUUGGAGACCGAGUGGCUAUGGAGCCUGGUGCAUCAUGUCGCACCUGUGAUGACUGCAAGAGCGGUCGCUACCAGCUGUGCGCCGAUAUGGCUUUCGCCGCUACUCCUCCUUACGAUGGAACCUUGGCCCGAUACUACCGCUUGCCUGCCGACCUUGUCUAUGCUCUUCCAGACCAUUUGACCCUUGAGGAUGGUGCGAUGAUGGAGCCACUCGCAGUAGCCGUUCAUUCAGUUUCCACUUUGGCUGGAUUCAAGCCCAAUCAGGCCGUUGCUGUUUUCGGCUGUGGGCCUGUUGGGCUCCUCUGUAUGGCUGUAGCUAAGGCCCUCGGCGCCUCACGCGUCGUUGCGGUGGAUAUUGUCCCUGCUCGCUUGGAGUUCGCUAAAACAUAUGCUGCUACGGAGACAUUCCUACCACCCGCUCCGGAAUCUGGAGAAUCAAAAAUAACGUACUCAAAAAGAUCUGCAGCACUGAUGAAGGCACAGCUCGGCAUCGAGGAGCGUGGAGAGAAGGCAAUAGACCUUGUGCUCGACGCGAGUGGUGCUGAAGUCUCGAUCCAAACUGGUCUCUUUAUCGUCAAGAUCGGCGGGACCUUUGUUCAGGUUGGCAUGGGCCAGCCCGAGGUCACUGUUCCGAUUGGACUGUUUCUCUCGAAAGAGAUCACUAUCAAAGGGUCAUUCCGAUACGGAUCUGGUGAUUAUCGACUCGCCAUUGCUCUCGCGGCUCAGGGUAGAAUCGAUUUGAAGCCAAUGGUCACACAUAGGUUCGCAUUCAACGACGCAGUCGCCGCAUUCAAGGCUACAAGGGCCGGAAAGACUGAAGAUGGCAAAAGCCUCAUCAAGGCCAUCAUCUCUGGGCCUGAUGUACCGGUCGAUUCCCUCUAGGAUUUCAGAUUUUCCAGAAACAUACCGCUUGACGUGUAAGAUAGGAAAUCAAUCUGGUAUCUGCGCGGUUUUGUACGUUGUGUGUAGAAGCUAUCGCAGAAAUAAAAGUGCAUUAGGAUGGC